GUAUUUCUUUAAAAAUUCAAAUCCUCAAUUAGUUACUGAAAGUACAUCAUGUCGGCGGGCCCAGAUACUCCGCCAUUUAGCACCGUUGACAUCAACAAUGAUAGCCGAGAUGACGAGGAUAUUUUUGCGUCCGCUGUACAGGAAGUCAGUCUGGAUCCAGAAGUGAAUGGAGCUCGUGAGGGUCUGGAGAAAGUUUCCAUCGAUGACACUCCAGCCUCAAUAAGUACCUCUCUCAACAGUCCAGUUAUGGAAGAGAUUGCCACAGAACGUUCAAAUAAUAUCAUAAUAACGGUAACGGAACCACAAAAAAUUGGAGAAGGCAUGAGUUCGUACGUCGCGUAUCGAGUAUUCACCAAAACAAACAUGCCGAUAUUUAGUAAGCACGAAUUCGCUGUGCUCAGACGUUUCAGUGACUUCUUGGGCUUACACGAAAAGCUCACUGAGAAAUAUCUGCGCUCCGGAAGGAUAAUACCACCUGCACCUGAAAAAAGCAUAGUUGGCACAACGAAACUAAAGAUGACAUCGACCCCUUCAACGGAGAACGUGAAUGGAAGCGUAUCGAGCGCGGGGGUGCAGUCUCAGUUCGUGGAACGUCGGCGGGCCGCUCUAGAGAGGUUCCUUAAUCGUGUAGCCCAGCACCCGGUCUUGAGCAUCGACCCUGAUUUUAGAGAAUUCCUCGAGUCAGGAAUGGACCUACCGAAAGCCACAAGUACAUCGGCGUUGAGUGGAGCGGGAAUGUUACGUCUCUUCAAUAAAGUCGGUGAGACCGUCAACAAGAUCACUUAUAGAAUGGACGAGGCUGAUCCGUGGUUCGAGGAGCGCGCGCUUCGCGUGGAGACGCUGGAGGCGUGCCUGCGGCGGCUCGGCGGCGCGUGCGAGGCGCUGGCGGGCGAGCGACGCGAGCUGGCCGUGCGCACGCACGACGCGGCGCGCGCGCACGCCUCACUGUCCGGCGCCGACCCGCACGCGCCCCUCUCCCGCGCGCUCUCCCACGUCGCCGACCUGCACGAGAAGAUUGAAAACUUGAGACUGGAACAAUCAAACACGGACUUCUUCAUUCUGUCUGAACACAUCAAAGAUUACCUCGGGCUUAUCGGAUCAAUCAAAGACGUAUUCCAUGAACGAGUAAAGGUGUUCCAAAACUGGCAACACGCUCAAAUGCAGCUCACUAAAAGGCGCGAGAACAAAGCCAAGGCUGAACUCUCGAACCGACCGGAUAAAGCUGAACAAGCAGCCAAUGAAAUAGUUGAGUGGGAAACAAAAGUCGAACGCAAUCAACAAGAGUUCGACUCGAUAUCGCGCGUCAUCAAGAAGGAAAUCGAGCGAUGGGAGGAGAUCCGGGUCGAUGAGUUGCGGGCGACGCUGCUGCACUACCUCGAGGAACACAUGAAGCAUCAAGCUCAGGCGAUUAGAUAUUGGGACGCGUUCCUUCCCGAAGCGCGCGCCAUCAAAUGAGUGAAGAAACUACCGCGGGCUCGAGCUGUACACGCGUGGCACACACGUACCUAUAAACAGAACAAUUGUAAAGAUAACAAAUACAUAAUAACCAAUAUAUCGACGCUUGAAAGGCUAACGUGACUAAGCGACAAUAACUGCUUUGUACAUAAAUGAUAGGCAAUAACCAUAUUCGAUGCGCAAAAAAAAAUAUUUCUAGGUCUAUUAAAAUCAUUUCAAUCCUACGGCUGGAUUCGUUAAAAUAGAUUUUUUUCAUGUAUUUCAACUUCAAAUUAGUCUACUGUAAAGUUCACGCAUUGUCGCUUAGUCACGUUUGCCUUUCAUGCGUCGAUAUUAUUAUUAACUUACAUAAAAUCUCCAUUUAUCGUAUACGAAAUCUGAAAGUGACAGCUGUUUGAAAAAUCUAUAGUAAAAUAUCAACAUUGCUUUGGAAUGAGCUCCGCUCCACGGUGUUUCCCAAGAACUAUAACAUGCCCUUCUUCAAACGAGGCUCGUGGAAAGUAUUUAACGGUAGGCAGCGGCUUAGCUCUGCCUCUGGCAUUGCUGAUGUCCAUGGGCGACGGUAACCACUCACCAUCAGGCGAGCCGUAUGCUCGUUUGCAUUCAAAGGCAAUAAAAUAAAAUGUAUAUAAAAAUAGUAUAUUUAUACGUUCGUAUAGUAUGCGUUUACGUAUCGUUUAUAAUUAAUAAUAUUAAAUAGAUUUACAAGUUUUCAGUUAAUACGUAUAUAUCUUAUUAUUAUUAUUAAUAAAUGAAUAUAGUUUGAUCAACAAUAUAGAUACACAAUAAUUUUAAAACUAAUCGUGUCACUGAAAAAAUCAAAUGCAUAUUAUAAUAUAAAGGAAAGUUUUUUUGUUAACUAGAAUCAAUGCCAUUAUGGAUUCCAGUACCUAGUUAGAUAUCGAGCGGAAUAUCCUUUGUAAACGCGCGUUUCCAUAUUGACGAUUUCUGUAUUUGCAGCAAAGGUUUUACAGUAAAUGAAAUAUAUCUCAGAAUCGUUUAUCAUCAAAUACUGCUUUCGGGUAAUAAAAGUACUUUAAUAACUAUUAUAACCAAACUACAACAAAAAAAAAAAGGUGUAGAUAUGAAAAAGAACAGAUGUCAUUGAUAUUACGAUAUUAUCUAAACGUCACGACAGUUAAAUGUAUUAAUAUCACUACAUAGCAUAAAACAAAGUCGCUUUCUCUGUCCGUAUGUAUGCUUAAAUCUUCAAAACUACGCAACGGAUUUUGAUGCGGUUUUUUUUAAUAGAUAGAGUGAUUGAAGAGGAAGGUUUAUAUGUAUAAUAACAUCCAUUAAAUAGUGUAGAAAUCUAUAAUAAAUUACAGUUUCCGAAGCGAAGCGACGGCGUGUCGCUAGUAUAAUAUGUAUAAAAACCACGCACUAAGAAUUAAGGGUAUUCUUUUAAAAGUUAUGUAUGUUUUGAAAAUUAAUUGACUUUCCUAGAUCGAUAAUAACUGUAAUAAAAGAAAGAGUCGGCUCAAUGAACGAGUAUUUAAAAAAAAACAUGAAACAUGACCGCCCUAAAUGAUACUAGGACACGCGCGCUCCACAAAAAUAGUUAGAUAACGCAAUUUGAUCCUUUGUCGUGCGUUUUAUUUCCUGUCGGAGAUAACAACAGUGUAGACUGUAGACGUUCAUUUGAGUAGACAAUACUAUAUUUAGCGAGAAGUAGAAUAUGUUUACUAGUGGUAGGACCUCUUGUGAGUCCGCGCGGGUAGGUACCACCACCCUGCCUAUUUCUGCCGUGAAGCAGUAAUGCGUUUCGGUUUGAAGGGUGGGGCAGCCGUUGUAACUAUAAUGAGAUCUUAGAACUUAUAUCUCAAGGUGGGUGGCGCAUUUACGUUGUAGAUGUCCAUGGGCAUACAUAGGGACAGAUAUAGGAACAGAGAAGGCGACUUUGUUUUAUACUAUGUAGUGAUAUAUAUAUUACUAGCUGACCCGGCAGACUUCGUAGUGCCUCAAUCGAUAAAUAAAAGACCUAAGCUCUUGUAUAACAUAAACUUAAAACAAACAAAAGGAUUCGUCCGACAGGGGACACAUCAAAGAGAAAACAAAAUUGUUAUUUUUAUUUAAUUCUGAGCAUUUUCAUAUUUAUCUACCUUUUAAACCUUCUCUGGACUUCCACAAAUAAUUCAAGACCAAAAUUAGCCAAAUCGGUCCAGCCGCCCUCGAGUUUUAGCGAGACUAACGAACAGCAAUUCAUUUAUAUUAUAAUAAAUCAAUUCAUAUAUAUAUAUAUAUAUCUAUAGAUGAUGCUCAAGUAUCAUGCAUGCAUUGGGUAUAUAUACGCACUUGUCAUUUGCUUUUGUGAUUCACAAUACCGUUAAAUAGAACACAAGUAGAAAUAUCUAAAACAAUUUCUUUAGAAAUGUAUUUGUUAUCUUUAUAAUUUGAAUAAUUAAAAAAGUUUUUUUUUUCCGGAAAUAGAACACUCAUCAGAUUACAACUCAAAUUGAGCAUACUGUGUAAAGUUACCAGAUAUAAAUGGUGUUAACACUGAUACUGAUUUUGUUUAUCUCACUAUCAAUUUAUUGAUCAACAAUCUAUACUAUUGUUUUCAUUGAACUGUAAAACGAAUAUAUCUAUUGUAUGUAUGUGUAAGAGAAAAUAAAACAGUUUUUCACACAAUAAUGUAUUUAAGCAUUCCAAGAAAUAUUUUCUAUCAAAACUUAAGGUUCGUAAUGACGAGCCUUGUCCAAAAUGUCUAGUUUAAUAUCAACUAGUAUGAAGCUCAGUGUGAAAUUUAAAUAAAUGUGAUGUCUAAUAAUUUUCAUAAAUAAUUUCCUUAAAGGAUGGUUAUGUUAUAUAUAUGAUUCUAUAUAAAAACAUUUUUCCUCACAGGAAUAUCUAACUAUAUAUUAUGUGUAAUGUUUUAGAUAUAAUAAUUAUUAUCUGCAUUAAGACGUUCUCGUAUAAAGACAAAUUUUGUUAUCUUAAUCAAGAACUUAUUUGAUUAAUUAAUAUCUUUUUGUGUAAGUUAAAAGUUUUUUUUUUUGUGUUUCUGUCUUGUGCGAGAACGUUGCACUAGUUUAUCUUAAGCACCUUUUUAGCGGAAGAACUCGUGAGAUCUCUUUGAUUAUAGCAAAAAAAAUUAUAAUCAAAAUACAUAAUACAUGACUUAUGCAUUGUAAAAAGUCUGAUAAUAUUAACCAUAGAUGUUUUAGCAUUUCCUUUGGAAGUUGGUUUGAAAUUCACGAGAGCCAAGAGCAAAAUAAUUUAAUAUUCUUCAAGAGCAUUUUUAUCUUUUUUUAAGCAAUUUCCUAAUGUAUAAUUAUCUCUUUUUAGUUAUAAGAUUUCCAUGUUGUUUCUUUAAUAUAUUUUUUAUAGUCAAUUUGAUUUGUAAUAUUGGCGUACGUUUAAAUUUUUGUCGAGAUUUAAUUCGAAAUUUUAUUAAAAGUGGCUAUGUUGAUAACUAAUGUAGAUAGUGAACAUUUAAAAAUUGGCAAAUAAUGUCCAGAAAUUUCUAUACAUUUAGACGUACGGUAUAAAUUAUAUUUACGUAGUUAGUACGAUUGAAAGGUAUCAAGUCUAAUGUAUUCCUUAUUUUUAUAUUGCCAAAUAUAUUUUAGCUGUAAUUCGGUGUAAUUGAAGAGAUGGGGAUAUAAUAAAUAAAGUAUAUUGUUGAUAUCCA